UCUGACUAAUGAGUCUGCGCAUUCCGCGUUUGCAGUUGCACGGUUGAUUGUGAUUUGCCCGACAGUUUGGGGCUCCGUGGAAAAUUGGAAAUUCAUCAUUGAGAGUCCGCACUAUUCGCUAUCUCAUUAGUAUAGCCCGUUCAAGUUACGAGAUUAAGAAUAAUCGCGGGGUUAACAAAUAUCAAGGAAACUAACCAGGGAGUACGGUAAAGUAAGGGAGGCCGUCAAAAUGUCGUUGGAAACAGCAACGCAGAUGCAGUGAUCAAUUUCUGUUUGGGCAAAACAAGGGGUCGCUGACAGCAACAAUUUGAACCAGAAGAUUAAACAAGCUGCUGGCAGUAUAUUGAGGCCUGGAGAUAUUAGCCAAGCUGGCAUAGAUCUUCAGAAGCUAUGGCUACUGCUGCUAAGGGGCGAAUCGGCCAAGUCUUUGCCUGGCAGAAAUCAUCCAGAUGGAACUUCUAGUACCUGACGAAGUGCGUGGUUCUACGCUGGGAAAAAUGGUGUCUACUCGUCAGAUGAGCAUUGUGGGCAGCAGUAGCAAUGUGGGCACUGUGGGUGAUAGUAUCGGCGAUGCUGGAACAGCUCGUAGACAUCAGGUGCAGCCACAACCAGGAUCAUCAACCGUGGUCCCAGUUGCAGAAACCACUACUAUGAGACAUACUAAUCUUUUAGAUCUACCUGUGGAAAUUAUGGAGAAAAUUUUUAGCUACUUAGAUUUCAACACCAUUGCCCGCUUACGUCCCGUUUGCCAUCAAAUGGAUCGAGUAUGCGGGUCUAUUCUCAGCUCAACUUUUCAACGGCUCCAAACGCAAAUGCUUAGUCGUUUUCAAGCUAUUAAAGCACAAAUGCCGCGACGUGAAUCUGCUCGACGCAAUCACCCAUUGGCCUGCGAGUCCGAUAUCAUAGAAACGCUACACAUGCGUCUUACUCUGCUGCAAAUGACUUUUGGAAAGCACAUAGAACGUAAACAUUGCUGUUUCUUCCCAGGAGAGAUUUUGGAUGAAGUCUAUCGGAUCUUGUUAUACGUACAAGUAACGCCAAAAUUGGCCAGACCCUAUAAAGUGACCGACGAAUUGUUUGACCUCAGUACAAUGGCCAUGGAAUACUUCAAGGAGCGCUUGGAGCCAACGCUUCCAGAAAUCCCAUACUUUGGCACUGAUUUCUUGGAUCUUGCUGGCACAUUUUCCUCGCCUAGUAAUGUGAGCAAACCAUUCAUGUGCCUGGACUCAGCACCCAUGAGUGUUGGAGGAGGUAAAGGUGGCAGAAGUAGCGGAGGGGUUGGCUCACCCCCGCACUCUUCUGAUGAUCCGGGCUUGUUGGAAUCUAAUGUCGUACCUCCACAGUCUAAUAUGGUUCUGCGGAAACGUAUACGAAAAAUAAAACAAGGAAUGAAACGAUACAACAGCCAACUCACACUAAUGCGUAGAGAUUUGCGCGGCUGCAAGGCGAAAAUAGCUGAGCAACAAAAACAAAUAGUAGAAUAUGCAAGCAGGCUUGAUGAUAAUGAUAAGAAGAAUGAAGAGACGUCUCGGAAGUUUAGCACUCUUUUACAGGAUCAUCAACUCUGUCACGUGAAUAUUCUACAGGAACUGAACAAGUGCAAGACAGAGUUACAAUAUUGGCGUUCCAAAUCACCGGCGAUCCCGGCAUGUCUUGGCUGCGGACAAUCGAUGCCUUUACCGAGUGAGGAUUUGCAAGCUCUGGCUAAUCAAGGUGUAUUACCUGAGGCAUUAGGAGAAUCUCUGGAUUUUGUGCCAAUAGCAGAGGCUCACAGUCCGACAGAGAUGGUGUCACCAGUGAUUUUGACUCAUCCGGUUCUUACUGAAAUGGCCCCGCCUAAAGCGCCGGCACCAUCCGGAAUAUCGAAGCGGAAAUCUUCUGCUGAAGAGAUGCCCAGCGAUUCAUCUAAGAAGCCACGACGUUCGUCUAAAACUCGUCAGGCUAAGCGCUCAAAAAUCUAAACCAAUCCUGAUCAUGGUACAAAUACCUAACCAACAUCUUGUUUAUAGUUGACCUGUGGUAAUGAAGGUUCUGUAUAUUGUUAUGAUGAUGAGUUUUGACAGAUUGUACCAAUUACUCCAUUUCGAUCAUAGCAUCACAAUCAAGAGCUCCUUAGCAGUAGUUCGAUUGGGUGUAGCAUCAUGAGAGUAAUAGUUAAAAAUGUCAUGUGAUUUUAGAACGUAUCCAUUCAUUUGGAUGUUACAACAGUAUACUGUAGACCUCACUAUCCAAGUGUGGCUAGUAUGCUUAUCUCGUCUCAAAUCAAAUGUUAUCGUAACAUAAUAUAUACAGACUUUGUUCAGGUCCUCCUUAAAGAAAACAAUAUUAUUAUCAAGGCACCCGAUGAAAUUAGAGAGAUAUCAAUAGACGAAUAAUUUGAAUUUUCAUGAAUUGCUUUCAAGCAAUAUUGAAUGUCCAUGAAAUUAUGUUUGCAAAUUACACAUGUAAUAUUUACAUUACACUUAUUGUCUAACGCCUUUCAAAAAAGUUCAUCGAUAAAAGCGUUCAACAUGAAAGCAUUACAGGAAUUUCCAAUUUAGCCGUGAGUUUUUUGUUUUAUCUGGCAAUAACCGUGCACCGGAUUUCAGUUGAUUUUCAGUGUGGUAUAUACAUUUUUUUUUUUUAUUUAGGAUGUAGUGUGAGCCUUUAUCUCUAAGAAGUUUAAUCGAACACUUAGGACAAUAUGGGAAUGGCCACAUCUAUAAAAUUAUAAUGCGAGCCUUGUUAAACUAUAAAUGUACGGAAAUUACGAUAAAGGUCGAAUGUCCAUUAAAUCCACGACACCACGCCUUUCUGUUUCUUUUAUCGUUAAUUUUUUACACACAGUUGCCAUUAUAACUGCGGGUGUCCAACAACGUGAUUUACUUGCGUAGCUUUGUUCUGCCUUUCUGAAUAUAGAAAAUUUUCAGUUAAAUUUAUUACGAAAGAUCUAUUUUACUUGAAGGUUGACAAAAUCUGGAUACCUUACACGCUAAAGUCAGACAAUUCAAAUAAUGGUUUAUUGAAUUAGGUACUUAUGACAAGAGCAAAACUUGAUCAUGAUUUUGUAGGAAUUUUCCUGCAAACUGUUGUAUUGGUUACCGGCAUUGAUCGAAGUAUUUUCUCAAAGUAAUGAUUAGUACCGGAGGCUUGAGUGAGAAAGAUAUUUCAGUAAAUUUAGUGACAUAAAUCCACAGUUUACUCAGUUUCAUUGACUUGAAAUGUUUAUUUUAUUGAGUUGAAAGCAGAUCACAAGCCGAAUCUAUUUACCCGCAAUACGGCGCUUCAUUAUUGCAAAUGAAGUAUUACAGUCGCAAUUUUUUUAUUUCAUUCAGCAAAUGAUUUUGAAUACAAAUCGAUAAAAAUCUUCAGCAACGCAAUUUCUCUGGUACUAUUAAUGUCAAAGAUAGGGGCUGUACUUAAUACUAGGGUACAUGCAAUUCAUGAGGUAUAAUUUACUUCCAAAUUUAAUUUUAUUACAAAUUUAAAUAACAUUUUAGCUUGAUAUCAAUCUGUGACUGAUUUUCGUUGCUCUCAAUUUAUAUAUGAAUUCAUUGGUUCAAACAGAAUUGUGAAUGUUAUAGAAGACAAUGCAAUCAAAAUAUUUGAGAGUAUUAAUUUUUGUUACUAGUCUCGACGAUGCAAUCUGAGCAUAUUUUUCAGACAGAGUGCCCUGGAUACCCCUGCUGAAGGUUAGAGUAUUCCGAUGUUGGGAGGUAUAUUGGUGACUGGUCUAAUCAACUACUUUUGCCUGUCGAGAAUACAGACUUUCUGUAAACGCAGAACUUUGCACUCACUCAAGUAUGUCUCAAAUGUUCUGCGGUAGUUAGAAGUCGUUUUUGCAAUUACUCUGAAUGUAUGAUAAUAUAGAACAGUUAAUUAUUUGUCUAUUUUGCACUGAUCACCCACGAUAAUUAAUCUCAAAAAGUAAUAGAGUUAGUAUUUGUGAGUUAUUAUGAUUGAUCAUUACAAUAAGAUAAAUUGAAUAUUGAUAAUAAAUAACAAUAAAUCUACUUUAUAUUUAUAGGUAUAUAGAUGGUGCCUGCUACAAAAGGCCAUGGAGCAUUUUAGUUUAAAAUCUAAUGGAACAAUAAGAUAUAAUAAUUAAUAAUAAAAUAAUUAUCGAAAUAUAUAAUUUUUUAUCGAUGUCAAACGAGAAAUAAAACAAAAGGUGAAAACUAAA